GCCUCUACAGCAACAGGAACUGCAGCUGGUGACCAAGGAGAGAUUCUGAAGCUGCAGAAGAUUAUUAAGGAGCUACGAGAUGAGAUGAGUCGUGAGGUGGAUGAACAUCAACAUGAGCUAACAGCUCUUCAAGAUGCUCAGAGACAGAAGAUGGCUGAAGUUAGCCGACGGCACAGAGAAGAGCUCAGAGAGUACGAAGAACGCAUCGAGGAACUGGAGGAACACAUUCAUACUGGAGGCAGUCACGUCAGCUCCUCAUCAGAUACAUCCAAAGAGCUGAYACUGCAGACAAACAUCCAGACUGUGGAAGAAGCAGCCGAGCAGCACCAGAAGCAGCUGGUAGAACUGUCAGCCCGGCUGGAGGAGGCCCAGAAGAACCGGGCCUGUUUGCAGCAGGAGAAGGAUGAAGUCCAGGAAGAGAACAGAGAGCUGCUGCAGAACUACUCCCGGCUGCAGACGUCUGUAGCUGAACUCAUGACACGAGUGCAGGAGCAGGAGGAGAAGGCUCUGCAGAGAGCUCAGCUCCAGCAGGAGAUCCUCACGUUAACAACUAAACUGGAAGGUGCAGAAAAAGAAAUAGAGAGAUUAAAGAACCUGCCUGAGACAAAGGAAGAGGUGGAGCAUGCAGACAUCUUAGAACUGAACACUACCAUUGGAUUACUGAGGCAAGAGAAGGAAGUCCUGGAACAAGAAAAGCUGGACCUACAGCACAGACUGAAACUGUCAGAAGAACAAAUGGUUAACAGUGAUAUAGCAGUGAGGACGUGUGAAAUGGAGUCUUUAGAAGACCUGAAAGUGGAGCUGGAGAGGAGGGAGAAGGCUCUGAGAGCCACUGAGGAGGAACGAGACGUCCUGCUGUCAGAGCUGGAGGAGCUGGAUCACCAGAACCACGAGGCAACACAGCACAUGAUCUGUGUGAAGGAGCAGCUGUCUGCACAGCUGAAGGAAGCUGAGGCUGAGCUGAUAAGAGUCKGUUCAGAACGAGACCAAACCAAAGAGCAGAAAAAGGCUCUGGAGCAAGAGCUGCAGAGUCAGAAGGAGAAGAUCAGCCAGAGUGCUUUUACCCUGAAUGAUCUGCACAUGGAGAAACAGCAGCUGGAGCGCACCCUGAAGGAACUGAAAGAUCAGCUGAGACAUGCUCAGGAGCAGAGUGGACAGGCACGAAGAGAAGUGACAGAACUGAAGAAGAUGCUGCAGGAACGAGAGGAGCAGCUAGCUGCUGCUACAGCAGAGCUGCAUCAAGGAGGAGACGGGGGAACCCAGAGGGCUGAGGAGCAGCUGCAGGCCAAGGACAGGGAGCUGUCAGAGCUCAGGACAGAACUGGACCAAAUGAGGAGCUCUUAUGAACAGUCCAGGUCUGCAGAGUAUGAGAUGAAGAUGGAGAGCAGGAAGUGGAGGGAGGAGAGGACCUGUGCUUUGGACAAAGAAGAAGAGCUGACCAAGCAGCUGAAAGAAAGCCAAACUGUCCUCAACAGGACUGUGAGGGAGAAGGACACACGGAUCGAAGCUUUAAGACUGGAGAAGACCCAGCUGGAAGGUGAACUGCUGCAGGCUGAACGGGCUCUGAAAGAACAGAGGAAACAGUACCAGCAGACUGUGGACGAGCUGACCCGAGCUCGCUCCAUGGACACCUCGGCCUUACACACUGAACACCAGGCUGCAGUCAGACUGAACCAAGAGAAAGACCUGGAGAUCUCAAAGCUCAGGAGAGACAUGGAGCAGCUGGUGUCUGACCACAGAGACACCAACGAGAUGCUUUCCAUCACAGUGACAGGCCAGCAGCAGCUCACUGACCUGCUGCAGGAGAAAGAUGCUUUUCUGGACACUCUGAAACAAAAUGCUGCAGAUUUACAGAUGGAGCUGGACAGUAAAGUCUCAGUCCUGAGCAGAGAAGCUGAAAGCAUGAAACAGGCUCUGGAGGAGAAGGACCGACAGCUGGCUGGGAUGAAGGAGGAGAACAGUCACCUGAAGGAGGAGAUCGAUCGUCUCAGGGAUCAGCAGAGCAGACCUGCCCCCCUGGCUGAGCCCAGGACCCUGGAGAUCAUGACCGAGCUGGAGGCAGAGAUCGCCCAGCUGAAGUCCUCCAAGAACUGUUUAGAAGAGGAGCUUCAGACUCUGAGGAGAACCUCUGAGGAGCAGCAAGCCUCUCUGUUUCAGUCUCAGCAGAGUGAACUGGAACAGGCCCACGCUCGUCAUCAGCAGGCAACACUCAACUAUGACCGACUGAUCCGUGCUAGAGAGGAGGAGAUCAGUGGCCUGCAGCAGACUGUCCAUCAGCUCAGUGAGGGUCAGAGCCUCCUCCCUGCUCCACAGGGACAGCUCAUCCUGCAGGAGCACAAGACACAGGCUGUAAACCAGGACAACGACAACGAGAAGCAGGACCUCUCUAAGGUGGAGGUGGACAGGCUGGUGAAGGGGCUGAAGGAGAAGGACACUGAGAUCAGCCAGCUGAAUGAGAAGAACCUCACGUUGUCCCAGCAGCUGGACCAGGAAGUGGGCAAGCUUUCUCAAAUGAUUCGUCAGAAAGAUCUGGAGCUUCAGGCGCUCCACACCAGGCUGUCCCUGGCUGCAGGGCACAGCCAGGACGUGCUGUACCUGCAGCAGCAGCUGCAGACGCUGGCUGUGGAGAGAGAGCAGAUGUUAGCCGUGCUCAACGAGAAGACCAGAGAGAACGGCCAGCUGCGCUCCGAUUAUCACCGCCUCAUGGAUAUUGUAGCUGGGAAGGAAGCUGCUUUAGUGAAGCUCCAGCAGGAGAACCAGCGCCUCUCCAACAUGACUGACCCCUCAGGAAGCCAGGACAUGUUCAAGGAGACCAUCCAGAACCUGUCCAGAAUCAUCAGGGAGAAGGACAUGGAGAUGGACGCUCUGACCCAGAAGUGUCAGACCCUGGUGACGGUCCUGCAGUCCUCAGGAGCUGCAGCCUCUGGAGGCGUCAGCAGCAACCAGUUUGAGCAGCUGCUGACAGAGAGAGACGCCCUGAAGCAGCAGGUGAAGAAGAUGGAGGAGUGGAAGCAGCAGGUGAUCACCACAGUGAAGAACAUGCAGCAGGAGUCUGCUCAGCUGCACGACGAGCUGGUCCAGCUGCAGACUCAGGUGUCUGCUGACAGCGACUGCAGCUCCCAGCUGUGGGGGGACUACGCUCGACUGGUCCAGAGCUACGAGCAGAAGGAGAAGAGGCUGGGCAGUCUGAGCCUGGAGCUGGCUCAGGUUCAGCAGACCAUCAGUCAGCUGAGCAGCACCAAGGAUGUGCUGCUGGGGAAACUGGACAGUGUGGCACAGAGCCCUGACAGUCAGGCAGCUGGUGCUGAGGCCUCCAGCCAGCAGCCUGCUGCUGCUGCUGCUGCGCUCACAAACAGCCUCCAGCUGCAGGACAAGCUGGAACAUCUACAGUCACAGCUGGCCCAGAGAGACAACCUGAUCAGAACUCUUCAAGAGAACAACCAGCGGCUCUCCAGCUCAGAGAGCGAGCAGAGCCGUGCAGCUGAGGAGGUGGGCCAGCUCAGAGAGAAGCUGGAGUCCCUGCAGAGAUCAGUCAGGGACAAAGACCUGCUCAUCAAAACCAAGGGAGACCAGCUGGUCCAGGUCAGGGAGGCUCUGCAGAACCGUGACAAUGACAACGAGGUGCUGAAGCAGGCUGUGACCAACCUGAAGGAGCGCGCUCUCAUCCUGGAGCUGGAGGCCAAGAAACUGAAGGAAGACAACGAGCUGGUGGCUGCUCGCUCUCGAGAGAAAGAGUCUGAGUUCAGAGCUCUGCAGGAAACCAACAUGCAGGUGUCCCUGCUGCUCCGAGAGAAGGAGUUCCAGCUGAGCGCAGUGAGCGACAAGGCUGCCACCGUAGAGAAGAUGCUCAAAGACAAACAAAUGUUGCAGCAUGUGAGGGAUAAAGAACAGCGUCUGAACCUGGAGCUGGAGAGGCUGCGCAACCAUCUGUUGGAAAUGGAAGACUCGUACACCAGAGAAGCCAUCGCUGCUGAGGACAGGGAGACUGACCUGCGCAGGCGGCUGGCGCUGCUGGAUGAGAAACUGGCCACGUCCUCCAGUGCUGUGGAGAACGCCAGCCAACAGGCCAGCCUGCAGGUGGAGUCUCUGCAGGAGCAGCUCAGUGGGGCCGUGAAGCAGAGGGACAACGCCCUGGCACAACUCAGGACGUCUCAGGAGCAGGUCAACCAGUACGCAGUGUCGCUGUCCAACCUACAGAUGGUGCUGGAGCAGUUCCAACAAGAGGAGAAGGCCAUGUACUCAGCAGAACUUGAGAAGCACAAGAAGGAGAAAGAGGAGUGGAAAAGAAAAGCACUUGUGCUUGAAGACCAAGCAUCGGCUCUGCAGAUAAACUUGGAUGAAGCUAACGCUGCUUUAGAGUCAGCAUCUCGUCUCACUGAUCAGCUCGAUCUGAAGGACGAACAAAUGGAGGAGCUGAAAAAACAAGUGGAUGUGAGGCAGGAGAUGUUGGAAGAGGCACAAAGGAAACUGAUGAAUCUUCUGAACAGCUCAGAGGGGAAGAUAGACAAGGUCCUGAUGCGCAACCUGUUCCUGGGUUAUUUUCACACACCUAAARCCAAGAGGGCUGAUGUGCUCCGGCUCAUGGGCAGUGUGUUAGGACUGAGCCGAGAAGACGUCGACAAGAUGUUGGAGGAAGAUGGACGGCGUGGUGUUACUGGAUGGAUGUCGAGUUGGCUGGGAGGCAGAGGAGCACAAAGUGUCCCAAACACUCCACUAAGACCCACCGCUGGCCAUGGGUUGAAUACGUCCUUCUCAGAGAUGUUUGUAAAGUUUUUGGAGAUGGAAUCAACUCCUUCUCUUCCUGCACCGAAGCUUCCAGUCCAUGACAUGAAGCCUCUGAGUGCCCCACCUCCAGGAAGAACCAGUGCUGCUGCUGCUGCAGGAGCUGCAGCGUCCAGCAGGCGAGCUGCUGAAGCCACCCUGUUCCUGGCCCCUCGCUCUGCAGCUGUGCCUCUGCUGGCUGCCUCUGGGUCCAGCAGCUCAGGAGGUCACCUGCUGAUGAAGCCCAUCUCUGACGCUCUGCCCACCUUCACACCUGUACCUGUGUCAGCUGAGGCCAGUGGAGGAGCUGUGCUCAAAGACUUGUUAAAGCAGUGACAGGACUCACACUCAUCCAGCCUGACUUCAGCUCUACACACACACACAGAUCUGUGGAGCAGUUCUGCUGRUUAACACCGCUUUUAUCCUUCCAGCACAAAUAAAUCAUCAGUGACUCCAUGAAAACUUCAGAUGACCGGUUUGAAAAGGUCCUCAGACUGAAGGUAUUAUGGUUACAGUUCUGUGCACCAGGCUUUAAACACCUGUGGAACACUUUGUCUCAGAGCUGCUGCUGGGUCUGAAACCACAACUUAAAGAUGAAGCAGCUCCACAUGACAAAAUAAAACUGAAUAAGAACAUUUGUAACAUGUGGAGCUUCUAGCAUGAGAACUGCAGACUGAAUCCUCUUUCUUCAUUUUCUAUUUCCCCCCCAGUAAUGAAAACAAGUGACCUUAUAAACUCAGUGUUGGUUCAACACAGAGCUCUGAUCAUCACCUGCGCAGGUGGAAAUAUAUUCUGUUGUUUUCAUUUAUCACCUUACAUCAGAAACAUUGUUUUUUUUUUCUUCUUUUUUCUUUGAUCCAAGACUAACAUAAGAAGUCUGGCUCCAACAGUGAACACAGGGAUUUAUGGGUUCAGUCCAUCCGUUGAAACCAUUAAGAUGUGUGUUUUCCACACAGCCAGAGUGCAGUAUGCAAUGAUGGCUGCAGACUAUUAUGUUUAUGAACACUAUUAUACAGAUAUAAUGUACAUAAAUAACUUUUGUUUUAUAUUAUUUAAAGGCACAAAUGAAGAUGUGGAAGUUAAGUGCCUCUAUUUUUGCAAAUUAGUGGUAUGAUCAGUUCUGUAAAUGGCCAAUAGAUCUAUAUUUUAAAAAUCAUUAAAAAAUAAAGAAAAACAUGAAAUCUAAGAAGUUCCACCUGAUCAGCAGGCCUGCAUAUUUGUAAAGACAUUAUUCAGCUGCUGCAGGAGGAAUGUUACAGGACCGGGCCAGGUGCACCAGUGAAAUGUAAAAACUGUAAAUCCUGACUGGAAAUGUUUCUGUGAGAUGUAAAAUCUGAAACUUGGAAGUAGAACAAAGGGGUGGAGUUAUUCUGAAUGUGGAUGAUCUUCUGUUCAGGUUGGUGACCUAAUGGGAAUUUGACUUUAAAUAAAAGGUACCAGUUGGUAACCUCUCAUUUA